CUUUUUCUACCGUAAGAUUACAAUAAUAGUAAUAGUGUUGUUGUUGAUGUUGCUGCUUCUACCGUUAUAUAUGGUGAAGAAAUCAGGGAAAGAGAUCUAUGGAAGUAGUAGUUAAUAAGACACAGAAUUAGAAUACAAGUGAGAUUGACGGAAGAAAGAGAGCACAUGCUGCCAGACAGUCAUUGUUGUGUAUCUACAUGUUCUUGCAGAUCUAAUGAUGCCAUGCCUGCCUAAUUGCCCUGUUUCCUCUUAAUUAGAUCUGUAACUGUUAUCUUGAGUAUAUUAACUUUCACUUUAAGGAUGGCAGCAAUGAUUAUGAUCUAUUUGCACAGGCUAUGACUGGCACAUGUAUAUAGCCCUGAGUAGUCCUCAGAGGAGCCACUUUCAGAAGGGACACGACGACCCACACACAUGCUUGCAUUGAAGGGUAUCUGCGCACGCCUUUGUUGACCGAAUCAAACAGUAGUAGUAUGUAGUAUUCAAUGAAUUCUAGCUAGCAAGCAGGUUCAAUGUAGCCAGUCACUGCUACUGUAUAUUAGCGUCUAUACUGGAAUUUCUUCAAUAACUCUGUUCCGGAAUAAAUGGAAAACUACAACAAUCCAGCAGGAAUUUGUGUGCGUCCAUUUAAGGUAUCUGAUGCAGAUGACUUGCUUACAUGGGGGAGCGAUGAUACAGUCACGCGCUUCUUGAGAUGGAACUCCAUCAAAUCCAAACAAGAGGCAAUCGAUUACAUAGAGAAGGUUGCUAUGCCUCAUCCAUGGCACCGAUCUAUAUGCCUCCAUGACCGCUCCAUUGGAUACGUUUCAGUGAGGCCCGGAUCGGGUGAUUACCGGUGCAAGGCGCACGUGAGCUACGCGGUGGCGCUGCAGCACUGGGGGAAAGGGAUAGCCACGGCCGCUCUGAGGAUGGCCAUACCGGAAGCUUUGAAGGAGUUUCCGGAGGUGGUGAGAUUGGAGGCGUUGGUGGAGGUUGAAAAUGAGGCCUCUCAAAGGGUUCUCCACAAAGUUGGCUUUCACAAAGAAGCCUUACUACGUAAAUAUGCCUUCUGUAAAGGGCACAUCAGGGAUUUCCUUAUGUAUAGCUUCUUUCCUACUUGAACAGUGAACUUGUGCCUCCUGCUUCGAAAUGUUAUCAAACCGUGUGAUUUAUAAUGUUAAUUAAGCUUUAGUGCUAUUUACCUUUA